GGAAAAGUUGGUGUCAUGAGCGCAUCGGCAUGGGUGUGAUACCCCAGCGAUCGUAGUCGAUGAGGAUCGUUUGCUGCGCAACAUUGCCCGCAUGCAAGAACAUGCGUCGAAGAACCACGUGAAUCUCCGUCCUCAUGCAAAGACGCACAAGAGCAUUGAUAUUGCCAAGAUGGUUCUGGAUGCGGGGGCCGUCGGGCUCACUGUGUCAAAGCCUCUGGAGGCUCGAAAGUUCAUUGAAGCUGGAUUUCGCGACGUCACCCUUGCGUACCCAGUGGUAGUCGAAGACAAGUUGGACCUGACGAUUCGUUGCGCACAGCAGCACGACGCGACGCUCAACCUCACAGUCGAGAGCUUCGUGGGGGUCCAAGUGGCGGCAUCAAGUGCGGCAAAGAACAAUCAUGUCCUCAACGUCUUGAUUCAUGUGGACGUCGGGUACCAUCGAGUUGGUGUGGAGGAACACGACCCUCGUCUCGCCGAGCUCGUAUCUCUCAUUCAGCAAUCUCCAUCACUGAAACUGAUGGGGAUCCUUUCGCAUGCAGGACACUCCUAUGGAGCCAAGUCGCGAGAAGAGUGCGAGGAAAUCGGAGAAGUGGAGCGCCAGAUCAUGGUGCGAGUCAAGGCAACCAUUGAAGCGUUGGGGUCGCCGAUUUCUGUCGUUUCUGUCGGCAGCACCCCCACGGAACUGUGCCGCCAAAACUUUGAUGGUAUCACCGAGCUGCGCCCUGGGAACUACAUCUUUCAAGACCGAACGCCAGUGCGAACCGGCGUGUCGAGUGUCCAAAACGUGUCGCUGACUGUCGUGGCCACGGUUGUGAGCUCCAACGCGCACUACUUUAUCAUCGACGCCGGGUCCAAAGUCCUCUCCACUGACAUGUACUGCUCAGAGCACGGUAGCGUCUAUCCCGCGGCUGCUUGAGCCAUUUCGACUAGGGUGCGCGGCAGUGGCGAGUUUGGCAGCGACUGCUACGGACUCGUGUUUCGCGAGCAAGACUUUGACCAGGUUACGACCGAACCGACCGCGUUCGAGUGGGCUCUUCCGUCUGGCGUCCGAACUGUGUGCUUUCAAAUCAAGAAAUUGUCGGAAGAACAUGGAUGGGUGGCCCAUGCACCAACCCUUGGGCCGUCCGCGUCCCCCCAAGUUGGCGACCGGGUCACUGUCCUUGUCAACCAUUCGUGCCCCGUCGUGAACCUUGCGAACCGCCUCUCCGUCAAAACCAAGGACGGAGCCCUUUCCAAGCAUAUUGAGUUGAUCUCGAGAGGGUGCUGUCAAUAGCAUCGAGACGAUCUUGUUGGCCCAUCUCGCGCGCCGUCCCAAUGACGCCAUGUGACGUGAGCUUUCAAAUACGUUUUUGUCGAGAUGCAUAAGCGCGAGUGCGCCGUGUUUCAUUGCUGCUGACGUGCACGGUGCUUGUGAAGAUCGAAUGCUCUCACCAUGGCAACAUCCACUCGACCCCCCCCACGUCAGUACACAAGGAAAUGUUGGAUGUAUGCGGCGAUGGAGCCGUCGGUCCAUCAGUGUGAUGAAAAUUGCGUCAUCCUUCAUGAACGCAACUCGACCAGAAGGCUUAGCGUUUAAAGAGAAAGUGUCGUCGAGGACGGGGGACCGCGACAAAAGAGCGCUGGAAAGAGUUGAGAUAGAUGGAAACAUGCACUGAAAGUGAACGAGAUGUUGUUGGGA